AUGUCGGGUCGUCAUUCUCGCAAUCUUAGUGCAUCACUUUAUAUUCGUGGACUUGCUGAAAAAGUUCGCUAUGAAGAUUUAAAGAAAAUCUUCGGUCGUUAUGGACGAAUUGUUGACAUAACACUUCCACUAGAUUAUUACACACGGGACGCCAAAGGUUAUGGUUUUGUUGAAUAUGAGGAAAGUCGCGAUGCUGAAGAGGCACUACAUGCCCUUGAUCGUUAUCGAUUACUUGGCCGAGAACUUGAAGUCGAAUUUGCGCGUGGCGAUCGAAAAACGCCUUCGGAAAUGAGAGCCAGAGAAAAAGAAUCACGUUAUGGACGUGGCGGCGGCGGCGGUGAUCAUGGUAGACGUGAUCGAUCACGAAGUCGUGACCGUCGUCAACGAAGUGGUUCGCCAGUUAAUCGAGAUCGUCGUCGUGGCGGUGGCAGCCGAUCUCGUUCGCCACAUUCGCGAUCUCCCGUACCACGACGGCCGGCAAGUCGCUCCCGCUCGAGAUCGGGCACACCCAAUUAUAAUAAACGAAAUGGCAGUGGUAAUGGAAAUGGUGGUCGCCGCAUCAGUCGCUCGCGAUCACCUGCUGAUAAUUAA